AUGGGACGGGUGCAGCAAAAGCUGGACAUUAUGUCUGCCGUCCUUCAGAAUAAAUAUUUUUGCGUGCGGUCAGGGCUAUCUUUUGGAAAAUUUCCUUGUCGUUCUCGCUUGAUUUAUCUUUCUUCGCUUAUAUGUGGCAUUAUUAUCAUCUGUGCAGACGAAACAGGCAUAUUAACUCUGAAGAAGACCUUUCCAAAUGAUCUCACUUUUGCUUUAUGCCCUAACCACUCUCCAUUCUGGCACCCAAGUGAUUUUGUGCUUCCUCAGGAGGAUGUUGCGCACUUGAGACAAGAAGUGCUUAAUCAAGUGGACAUGCUCGAGAUUCAGCAGAUCACACCUGAAAAGAAACUGUUAAUGCUUCGUAAAGCCCAUCCCUGGUUGUUUGAAUGGCCGUGCCUCUAUGCGGAUGUACUGGAGCUUUUGGAUGAGUACCGGUUGUACAUCAGAGAUCAAGAUUUCAUUGUCAUCGCGCUUGCUGUUCUACCUGUCACAUGA